CGCUCCGGCUGCGGAGAGUCAGAGAGAGAGAGAGGCGGUUUAGUUGGGAAGUUUCUGCGAGUGAGUCAACGCGGCGCAGGGAGGACGACACCCAGCAGUGGAUCUAACUCCGGACCCCUCUCCUCCAACUCGGACACAGAGAUAACUUCACCCCGGCGUCUGCACAACAGCUGCUGGAUCUAGUUUUUCACCUUUACGCACAGUUUGGGGAUGGUUCUUGUCGCUCUGACGCGGCUUUUUCCUCAUUGGGAUUAACGCGCCGGCGGAGGAGGAAUGAAAGUGACCGUGUGUUUCGGGAAGACCCGUGUGGUCGUUCCGUGCGGGGAUGGGAAUAUGAAAGUGCACUGCCUCAUCGAGAAGGCGGCCAUGAGGUAUAAAAAGGCGAUAGCGAAGGACGUCAGCUAUUGGGUGCAGGUCCACAGGUUGGAACAUGGAGAUGGGGGCAUUUUGGACCUGGAUGAUAUGUUGUGUGACGUAGUGGACGACAAAGACAGGCUCGUAGCUGUGUAUGAAGAACAGGAUCCUCACAAUGGAGGUGACGGUACCAGUGCCAGCUCUACAGGAACACAGAGUCCAGAACCCUACAGUGACAUCAGUUCGGUAUCUGCCUUCCAGCCCUACCAGACCAACAGUGAGAUCGAGGUCACUCAGUCUGCCCUGCGAUCCAACAUGCCUCUCCACGUCCGUCCCAGCAGCGAUCCCUCCCUGACCGCUGAGGUCCCAGUCGGUCCAGACGAACCGUCCAGAAAGAACCCAAGUCGCUGGUCCACAACUGCUGGCUUCCAAAAGCACAACCACAGACCAAACACAAGCACUGGCACUGGCAGUCUGGAACGAAAGGGCAGAGAAGCUCAUGCCUAUCGGAGUCUUCCACGGGAUGCGAGCGGCUGGUCCACUCAGUUCCAGAGAGAGAUGACGAGAUCCUCCCUGAGCGCCAACCAUCCAAUGGUCGACCAGUGGCUAGACAGACAGGACCAGGAGGAGGAGGAGGAAGAGGAGCAAAGGAAACAGGAAAGGAGGAUUGAGCGGAUAGAGCCAGUAGGGAGGGCUGACUCGUCAUUGGAGAGGUCACAAGGGAUAAGUCUAGAAGGCAUGCUCAAGCCGGUCGAGGUGUCCAAUGAGGGAGGGCCCCUGGGGAUCCACGUCGUGCCUUUCAGUACGCAGGAUGUCAGGACUCAGGGUUUGCUGGUGAAACGCCUGGAGCACGGAGGAAAAGCUGAACAGGAGCGUCUCUUCCAGGAGAACGACUGCAUCGUCAAGAUAAAUCAGGGAGACAUUCGCAACCUUCGCUUUGAACAUGCCCAGAACAUCUUCAAGCAAGCGAUGCGCGCCCCGCUCAUCCUCUUCCAUGUGGUUCCAGCAGUGAUGAAGAGGCAGUAUGAGCUGUUGUCAGCACAGAGCGCACUCAGUCCAUCCAGCAGAGUCUACUUUAUCCAAGGCUCUCAGAGGCCGGGCGAAAGGUCCAGUCUAGUCGGAGGGCCGGCGUCCAGACCGGGGCCACACCCUGGACAUAACCACAACCACCAGGGCCCCCUGUCAGGAAGCACCCCUGAGCCAGGCCGACGGUACACCAUCUCUAGGACCUCGUCAGCCCCCUCCCCCUCCCUGCAGCGCAGAAUAAGCACAAACACCGCAAACAGCUCAUACCUGAAGAACAAAGGCCACAGAUUCAACAUCCAGCUGAAGAAAGGUCCAGAGGGUCUGGGCUUCAGCAUCACAUCCAGAGACGUCCCCAUCGGCGGCAGUGCUCCCAUUUACGUCAAAAACAUCCUUCCUCGCGGCGCUGCCAUCCAAGAUGGCCGACUGAAAGCUGCAGAUCGGCUGCUGGAGGUUAGCGGAGUGGACCUUAAUGGUAAGACUCAGGAAGAGGUGGUGGCCCUGCUACGAGCCACACCCAUGGGCGGGACUGUGAACCUGCUGGUGACGCGCCAGGAGGACUCCCAGCUGCCCAGAGAAGUGCAGCCAGAGGAAGAUGACAUGGUGUUAACCCCUGACGGUUCGAGAGAGUUCAUGACCUUUGAGAUCCCACUGAACGACUCAGGCUCUGCAGGCCUAGGUGUCAGCGUCAAAGGCAAUCGCUCCAAGGAGAACCACGCCGACUUGGGCAUCUUUGUGAAGUCCAUUAUAAACGGAGGGGCUGCUAGCAAGGAUGGGCGUUUACAUGUCAAUGACCAGCUCAUUGCAGUGAACGCAGAGUCUUUGCUCGGGAAGACCAACCAGGAGGCCAUGGAGACGCUGCGGACAUCCAUGUCUGUCGAGGGCAACAAGCGAGGGAUGAUCCAGCUCAUCGUGGCUCGGCGGGUGGCCACAAACAAUGAGGAAGCCCCCGGCAGCCCUCCAGUUUUAGAACAAUCUAUGAACUCGCUACUGGACAACCACGAGCGGCGAAUCUCCCACUCACUGUACGAAACCAUCGAGGACUUUGACAACAUCUCGACACCACGCACUAAUGUGAUGGGACGUAUUGGUAACUACCAGCUCUCUCCCACUGUGAACAUGCCACAGGACGACAUAGUGAUGAUCGAAGACGAUAGGCCGCCCCUACUGCCGGCCCACCUCUCCGACCAAUCAUCCUCCAGCUCCCACGAUGAUAUGGGCUUUGUGGGAGAGAACCCGGUGUCCUGGAUCCACGAGCUGCCCAGUCAGAAUGAAUGCUCGCUCAGUGUGGAUGCAGACGCUGACGCUUCGUUCCAGAGGGAGGGCUUUGGCCGGCAGAGUAUGUCCGAAAAACGCAUCAAACAGUAUGAAAAUGCGAAUCAGCUGGAGAUCAUGAAGACCCGCAAGUCGAAGAGCAUGGAUCUAGUAGCAGAUGAGAUUAACUGCAGGAGGAGUUCCAGCGGAGGCACUGCGGAACAAGAGGUCGGACCCGCACUGGGCCUGAAAAAGUCCAGCUCCCUCGAAAGUCUCCAGACGGCCGUUGCUGAGUUGUCGCUGAAGAGCGAGAUCAACGUCAAUCGGCCGCGCUCUCGGAUCAUCAGGAGCCGCGGCUGCAACGAGAGCUUUCGAGCUGCAAUUGACAAAUCCUAUGAGAAUCCUGGUGCCCCGAGCACAGAAGAAGAGAACAGCAUGGAGACACUGGACGAGGACACAGAGGGAAGUUCCCGAUCUGGUCGCGAGUCGAUGUCCACCAGCGGUGACCUCAUCGUGGGUCCCGGGUUGAACGGCAGCCAAUCCAAAGACGACAGACGGAAAGAUUGGGACACGGCUGGUGGGAAGGAGAAGAAGAAACCAGAGAGGGAUAAAGAGGAGAAAGACAAGGACAAGAUUAAAGCGAAGAAAGGGAUGCUGAAGGGCCUGGGUGAGAUGUUCAGGUUUGGAAAGCACCGGAAGGAUGAGCGACCCGGAGACAGGAUGGAGAGGAAGAGCUCAAGUAAAUCUAAAGCGGAGGACAUGCAGGCGUCAGAGGAUGAGACCCUGCGGAUGAGACUGGAACAGGAGAGAAUACAGGCCAAGACGCGGGAAUUUCGGGAGAAGCAGGCCAAAGAGAGGGAAUAUGCCGAGAUCCAAGAUGUCGUCAGUCGCACCUUCAGCUCAGAUGAAGAUCCUACCUACGCUGGCAUCGGAUCAUUAGACUCGUCGGUAGAUAGCAGCAGCAUGGACCCUUACAGUCACCCCUACCAUCUCCCUCAAAGUCCCCAGGGCCCACAACUUCCCUUGAUCCCUCAGAACAACGGCCCACCCCUGGAAGCUCUCUAUGCCACAGUCAACAAACCUCGCAAUGGACGCCCUGCAGCUCCAGACAGCAGUCAGAUGGCUCCCAGUAACCAUGACCGGAUACGAAGGCUGAGGCACGAGUUCCAGCAGGCCAUACAUGAGGACCUUGAGGACCAUGAGCACACCUAUAGUAUCGACCCAUCUUGGGUGAGCAAUGGGACAGAGAUGCAGAGCGGACGUCAUUCUGUGAAAUUGGAGACUCAGAAAGAGCAGCAAGAGGACAGAGACGGUUUCCAACAGGCGCAGAGACAGUACAGCUCCCUGCCGCGGCCGCCUCGUAAGAACCCCAGCACGGUGUCCCAGGAUUCAAGGGACAAGGUGUACCUGCCAGCUGAGAAAUCUCCCACGUCCAAGGAGAACCCUCGCAACUCCCUUGUGCAGGGAUCCCAUAACGGCUACCUGGGAACGUCCAGCUUCAACGCCCGCGUCCUCCUAGAGACUCAGGAGCUGCUGAGGCAGGAGCAGCGACGCAGAGAGCAGGAGGCCAGCAAGGCCAGGCCGCCUCCCGCACAAGAACCGCGUGGCGGCAGCACCUAUGACCACAACAGGGACCACGCUCAGACCCCUGGCUCUGCCCCAGUGCAGCCCCCACCUCAAUCCAAGGGCCCCUACAGACAGGACGUGCCCCCGUCGCCUUCUCAGCUCGCCAAACUCAGCCGGCUUCAGGGUUCGGAGAAAGGGAGGCCGUUUUACUCCUGAGCCCGUAACAGUACUUACAAGAUUAGGACUGAUUCUAGAGAACAUCAACAGGGAAAAAUGCAAAGAGGGCAAUACAUGAUUUUUUUAUAUAUAAUGCUGAGACUUUCAUGGGAUUGUUGAUAAAUAAUGUUGAUAUUUAAAAAAAUAUGUUUUUUAUUCUAAGAAUCCUUUUUGGCUGUAUCCAAUGAGUUGAGAUGUUUUAUUGUCCACAAAGAUCAUAUAUGUGUAUAAGUGCCUUUUAACCCAUUGAUUGUUCACCUUCUUUAGGCACAGACCCCAUGUCUGGGCUCGUGAUCUGCAGCUCUGACUCAUCCAUCACACACCCAAUAGAACAGAUAUAACAGCUGAGGGCAACUGGUUACAGAACCACAUCAUGACUCUGAACACAUGAUGCAGCCCAGCCAAGUUUUCUAACCAGUGGGAAACCUGCUUGUGUGAGUCAAGCUUAUUUCUGCUGUUCACGGGGACUUUGUCUGCCUCUACUGUACAUGUGUAUGUGGGUGUACAUGCUGGCAGGAGUUAGCAUGCAGUGACACAGUGUGGAGGUUAGUGCAGCUUGUGUGAACCGCAGACUCAGAGCUUGGGCUUCGGCCAUGACCACUCAACCCCCCUCUGUUCGGAGAAACGUCCCUUUUGGUUUCCCAUCCAACCCGUGUUUAAUAUGAUAAUCCUGAAUCCUCUGUUCCUCUCCGCUCGCUGCUUUAUCUCUGCUCUUCUCUCUCGUUGUAUCGUCACCACCACCAGACCAGACUCUCAGUGGAGGAAAACAGCUUAAGAUCUCUGCCCCCCCCCGACCUAGGGAAUCCAGCAGGAUAAAUGGGGUCAGGUCUGGGUUAUUAGUUAACGUACCUCAUUAAAAAUGAAUGCAGCCCUUUGUGUUUGUUUGUUGUCAUGUGCGGCGAGGGGUAAGGAACAGCGACCUUGCUGGCAGGGCUCUGGCCCCAGUCUGACUUGGCUGUAACAGAAGCCUUGUUGGACUCAUAGGUGUCUGAGCGGUUUCUCACUGAAUAUUUCAUCAUGGUGGUUACGUGGGGUGGGGGGCACAUGGGCUCUGCAGUCGGGGGCCUCAGUGUGGGGCAGCCUAGCCACAGGCCGGGUACAAUGGAGCUGAUUUUGUUUUCCAUUCCUGAUAAUGUCCAUUGAUAACGAACCACUCAUUCAAUCAAUAGGGACUGGUGCAGUUUUCAAAGUGUGGGUGAGAGUGUAUGUGUACGACCCUGUGUGUGUGUGUGUGUGUGUGUGUGUGUGUGUGUGUUCCUGUAUUUCUGUCCCUGUAAGGACAGGAAUUUGAGCAUUAGUCCGAGUGAUGACACUUUAUAACACUUUUUGCAUUUGUGAAGACAUUUUCCUGAAAAGCAAAGGUAAUGUAAAAUUUUGGGGUAAUUGUCAAAAUUGGGUUUAAUUCGUCUGGCGACAUUUUCACUUUGAGUUUUGGUGCAAUUCUUCCCUUCAGUAUGUUUACACAAAGCCAAGAAAACUGUUUUAUCAGAGAAGCCUGCUUAGAGGCAGGUGAAUGGAGAAUGCUGUUGUCAUAGUAACCAGGAUAAUAUACUGUAAAUGAAUCCUAGUAGGCUCAGGAUAAAGAUCAUAAUUAGGAAAUAAAACUUGAUAGAAAUGAUAGAAAUGAUAGAACUGUUAUGACGGAGGAGCUUUGCUUUUCACAAGUGCUGAAAAAAGAGAGUGUGCAUUUGUGUAUGUGCUUCCUCACACUUACAAGUGUAAGUAAUCUACAGUAGCAGUGUGUUUGCUCAGCUCCCAAUUUUCCACUGUGUGUGUGUGUGUGUGUGUGUUCAUGUAGGUGGACAUGUGUUUAAGUGUCUGUGCACGCUGCCAGUAACUGGAUGCUCCAAUAUGUCUCUGAAUAUGUCUUGGCAGCCGUAUUAACCACUUGGCUGCUGAGUGGGAGUGGAGCAGAGGAGUGGGAGGGAGCGGAGAUGGGAGGCCUGACCUUCCAGAUGAUUCAGUCAAUGGAGUAAUCACAACUAUUCCUCUGAGUCUGCUCCACAAACAGGAGGUCACCGACAAGGCUGCUUUUUCCUCUGACUGUCAGAUCCGUCAUGUUUGGCUUUUUCUGUUUGUGUGGAUGAACUUGAAUGUGUAUUUUUAUCACUGGCUACAUCCGUACUGCUGCUUUGUGUUUGAAAAUGCAUCACCGCUGCUGCAGGUGACGUCAACACGAGCAUAAAAACAGUAGGACUGUGUUUGAGUCUGGAUGCUCAGAAACUGAGAUGGUUGGAAACGAUGACAUAGACACUCAGCGCUGUUUGCUGAUUGGGUCUUUUUGAUCAUGACAAAGCCUUCGCUGAUUCGUCAGGCUCCUAUCACAUGACCCCCCGACCGGCAUUAACCUCAGCUACAAGUGUAGAACACAACAUGGACAAUAAAUUACAAGCAUUACUGACCCUGUUGUUUCUACUGAAAGCUGUUGUGCAGUUAGAUUCUGUGUUUGAUACAAUGAUACAACUGUUUACAUGUGUGGGAGACGAGCUGGUAUUCGAGCAAACACGGGCACGUGCAUGUCCAGCUUGUGUGGACUGUUUGUUUUAGUCUGAAAACGCCAUUUUCAAAUGAAAACGUAGUAGAAUGGAUGUAGCCUGUGUUUGGGGGUCCUUCAACUGUCUGCAACAUCUAAUGAGUUUUUUCCUCCACAUAUGCAAAUGUGAUCAUAUCCCAUAAUACGUGUUUAUUAUUUGUAUUGUGUAAUUAAUGUUUGCGUGGCACUUCUGUGACACAUGGAUUCCUCCCGUAAAGUUAUUGUUUCAGAGAAUCUUUUGUUUUUUAAUCCUGGGAGGAAUGAGAAAUAUAUUGUUAUUGUUUCAUUACAUUUUUAUGACCAUCCCUCAUUGUUUUUUUAUCAUCCACAGUAUAGUAUUAUGGUGGUAAAAGAGGACUAAUAUGUAAGCAUAGUGCAAUUUCCAUUUUUACAACAGUGCAUCAUUAAGAGCCGUGUCUGCUGUUCUCUGUACAUACAAUAUGAACUUUUUUCAAUGAAUAAAUCCAGGGUGCUUUCAAUCCUUGAUACAAUAA